AUGCUUAAAACGAGCAAUAACAUAAGUGCACAAUCAGCGGCAGUGGGUACAUGGUAUAUGGGCGUAACUGGUAUAUUAUCAAUAAGUUAUUUGACACUUUAUUUGAUUACUUUUGUUUUUACGGAUGAAUUAAAUUUUAGUCCUAUCGGUAAUGCGUUUGAUUCUAUAUUGAGAACGAGCAUCUCCUUAGCUAUUGCCUUACCUCCUCCUAGUAAAAUUAUCCACAUUAUGAAGUUAAAAAUUGUUGGUAGGAUGUCAACUUACGUUACCCCUAACGAUCUUGAAGAUAAUCGUAAAGUUUUAAAUCCUGUUAGUGAAGAUUUUGAAUAA